AAAUUUCAGGAAUAGGAAAGAAACUGUCACUGUUCAGCUGUCAAAGAUUUUGUUUGUGUUGUGGUGUAUUUGUAAAUUUUCGUUUCGUGAUUUUUUGCGCAUUUACGAAUUAUAAAAGCUACAAUGGGCGAAAGGUACAACAUCCACAGUCAGCUCGAGCACUUGCAGAGCAAGUACAUUGGCACGGGGCACGCCGACACCACCAAGUACGAGUGGCUGACCAAUCAGCAUCGAGACUCAUGCUGCAGCUACAUGGGCCACCCAGACUUGCUGAGCUACUUCGCCAUUGUUGAGAAUGAGUCUAAGGCCAGAGUCAAGUUCAACUUGAUGGAGAAGAUGCUCCAACCGUGCGGACCGCCGCCGGAGAAGCCGGAAGACUAAUUUUGAGUAUUUUUUUUAGGUUAUGUGACUAAUUGCUAGAUUCUAUACUAUCUGAUACUAUCCUAUUGCUUACCAUAAUAAUAUUUAUUUCAGUAAGAUGUAUAAUGUAUAACUCAUAACAAAACAAAUUACUUCAACAACAUAGUUGGCAAAUGUUAAAAUAGAUGGGAUAUAGAAACUGGCAAAAACUGAUUUUAUUUAUAAGGAUAAAAUAAUAUGAAAAAAAUAAACACAGUAAACUUCA